AUGCGUGACAAACCAACAAACAACUCCAAUCAACAAUCGCUAAUUGCUCAAAAAGGUGAAAUCGAGGCAAUCACCAAUAAUCUCCAAGCAACCACCACACUUUUGGCUUCGUUGAGUUUCCCGUCAACGAACUCGCUGGGAGAUUUGCUGGAGAAAGUGGCGGUGAAUUGUGCCGAAUUGCACACACUCAAUACUCUAAUCGCCUCCGAUUUACAAGCUUGCUCGGCUGCUAAGAGCGCAAUCGAAUCGAUCAACUCGUCGAAUUUGUUGAUCAGAAGAAAGCCUCUCUUACUCGUCUCGAAAAUUUGUGCACAUCAGCGGAAAAGCUUGCCAAGUGAACGAAAAGAAAUGCUACCGAAAAAGAUAAAUGCUGUUCAAUCCGACUCUUCCGAUGACGAGGCGCCAGUAGAGGUCACUUCAAAGGCACCCGAUAUUCAGCUUGCAGAGGCACCGAAAAGCGAGCUCUCCUUGUAUGAACAGGUUCAACUGAAGAAGAAAAAAGAGGAGGUGAAACGCGAGAAAACUCUCCGCAAAAGUCAUCGCAUUCAAAAACUUCGUGAUGGCGAGUACGAGGUGAAAACAAAAAACGCCUCUUUCAAACUGUUGACGGCGGAUAAAGGAGUGAAGGGUGUGCUGAAAAAUCAACGGGAUUUUCGCGCCGAGCUACUUGAAGCAAGAGUCGGAAAUAGAAGACGAGAUGCUUCCACAGCAAAAGCAAUCGCUAAAGCGCGAAAACUC